UUGGAACUCUGGGGAUUUCUGCCUAGCCUUACUAAUAAUUUUUCUAGAAUUCUUUUAUUAAAGUUACUAAUUUUACCUUUUCUCGUUCUAGUUUUGAAUGUUGUCGUAUGUGUUUUAAUUGGUUGGUAUUCUAUUCAGCUGAUAAUGAUUUUGUUUUGAAUUAUAGGUCUAGGGCUUUGACUACAAAAUACAAUUCUUCACCACUAGAAGCUUCAAGGCCUUUUGAUUGUGGUUGAGAUGGGUUUGUGAUUGGUGAAGGUUCUGGUGUCCUGGUAUUAGAGGAACUAGAGCAUGCCAAAAACCGAGGAGCAAAAAUUUAUGCAGAGGUUUGUGGCUAUGGGAUGUCAGAAGAAGCACCUUUUCAGUAUGGGGUUAAUCUCAAAUGAUCUGAAUUCAGGGAAAAAAGAGGGAAGUGGAAAGAAUACUUCACUUGCUUCCACUUUUUAAAAUUAAAAGUUAAUUUAUUUCCAUUUGGUGCCCUAAAGCUUUCUUGUACUAUUGUGAGUCUCUUGUUACUAUACAUGCAGAGAAUAUUCUGGUUUAUUAUGUAAUUACUUUUUCAUGCCUGGCAGUCUGGUCUUCAUCCUAACCAAGCAGAUUGUCUGAAUGCACAUGCUACUUCUACACCUUUGGGCGAUAAAGUAGAAGCCACUGCUAUCAGAACUGUGUUCUCUGACCAUGCAACCUCAGGUGCUUUUGGACUUUUCAUCCACAAAGGUAAUUUUUUUUUUUUUUUGAUCCAAUUGCUUUCUGGGAAUAUAGGAAAAGAAUUUUGUGGUACACCUACUAUCCUAUAAAUCUUCAGCUGAUGACUGUUGAUCUCAGAUUUGUUAGUAACUGGAAAUUAACUUGCUUGAUAGUCUGUGUUGAUCCUUCAAUUAAUACUUCCAUAUGAUAUGGAUGAGUAUGAUGUACUGCAAAGAUGAUGAUAAAAGUUCAUAGGGAUG